UCUGGUUCUCGUUGAUUCACCGCUGCUGUGGAGGAUUGUUGUCAUUUUUCAGUAGCUAGCCUUUAGUGCUAGCUAGACGUCUGAUUUUCUCUUCAACAUACUUUGAUCCAGCAGGGUCGCGGAGGUAACAGCUCCAGCAGAGAGCCCCAAACUUUCCUUUCCUUGGCCACAUCAACAAGCUCUGACUGGGGGAUUCCAAGGCGCUCCCAGGCCAGUGAAGAGAUAUAAUCCCUCCACCUGGUCCUAGGUCUACCCCUCGGUCUCUUCCCAGCUGGACGUGCCUGAACACCUCCCUAGGGAGGCGCCCAGGUGGCAUCCUCACUAGGUGCCCGAACCACCUCAACUGGCUCCUUUCAACGCGAAGGAGCAGCGGUUCUACUCCGAGUCCCUCCAGGGUGACUGAACUUCUCACCUUAUCCCUAAGGGAGAUGCCAGCCACCCUGCGGAGAAAUCCCAUUUCGGCCGCUUGUAUCAUGUAUUAUGGAGUAUCUGUAAAUGUAAUGACAUGCCAAACAUGAUGAUGGUAUCUUUAUCGAGCUGUUCUGACAGCAGGAGACUUGUUUGGCUGAACACAACUCAGUUCUAGGUUUUGCAUUGUAACCCAAACCAGAGUAACAGCCCUCAACUGCCAGGCUCAAAUUAGUCUCCUGAGAGGGGGAAGGGGGCUGAAGUUAUUUAAGGAUGCUGGGGGCAAAAUAACAUGAACAUGGUUAUACCAAUGCGGUUUCAGAGUCUUUCUCCUAAAGUCAUUCCUCUAUUUUUUUUUAAAACUGCAACAAACACGUAUUUAUUUAUUAUUGUUUAUCUGCUAUUUACAAGAUUCUAGAUCUUCCUUCAGAAAUACUAAAUAGUUUUUCAGACAUGUACCCCUUACAAUACCCAAUAGUACUCUGGAGAUCCCCUUAUUGUUUGUACCUUGGAAUAAUUUGAUAUAGGUUUUUUAAAAUAAAUACAUAUACUACUUAUAUAAUAAAAGGAAAAACCUGUAUUUAUGUCAUGACAUUUUAAAUCAAUCAACAAUAUAUCAAAUACAAAUCUGGCUGAGAUUUUGAAUAGAAUAUUACUCAAACAUGUAUUUGAUUAAAUGGUAAAGCACUAAAAAACGUAGUUCAACCUUUUGUUAUCAUUUAAUAUUUUAAGAAAAAAUUGUUGAUAGCAAGAUGGAAAUAGAUUAUUUAGAAUAAGAUCUUAUCUUUCAUAAUAAUCUUUAAUGACUGCCAAACUCUAUGUUAAGGGGUUAAAGUGUAUUUCAAAUAACUGUGUGUGUGUGUGUGUGUGUUGUACACAGGAUGUUAGGAUGGAGUGUGGGCCAGUUCUGCCGGACAGCCUGGUGUUGGAGAUUUUCCUGCGUCUGCCCCAUGAAGCCGUGCUAAGUGCUGGUCUGGUCUGCAGACAGUGGCUGGCUGUCUCCAGAGAUGAGUUCCUGUGGAGGGAGCUGUUCUACAGCUUCUACCGCAUACCUCGCUCUGUACCUCGACACCCAGCAUCGGUGUCAUGGUACAGGGAGUUCAAGCGUUUGUUUGACUGCAUCCCCUGUGUGGAGGUUCAGACGCUGGUAGAGCACACUGACCAAGUCCUCCACUUGGCUUUCUCUCACCGGGGUCACCGCUUCUCCUCCUGCUCCAAAGACUGCACCGUUAAGCUAUGGGACACAGAGCGGCCAGAUGGAAAUAUCUCCAUGGUGCACAGCUCCAGCAUGCGGCAGUUUAACUGGGGCUACACCCAGUUCUCCCAGUUCAACGCUGACGACACCCUGCUGCUGGUGUCUGGUGUCUACCUGGGCCCACACCACUCCUCAUCUGGGGAAAUAGCUGUCAUUAGUCUGGAUAAUUACACACUGUUGUCGCGUGUGAGGAACAAGCCGUACGAUGUGUUUGGCUGCUGGCUGAAUGAGACCCACCUGAUCUCUGGGAACCUGCACUGGAUAGGCAACAUGACGUCCUGCUCCGUGCUCUGGCUCAACAAAGCCUUCCAGGAUGUUGAAUCGGAAAACGUCAACGUAGUAAAGCGCCUCUUCAAGAUCCAGAACGUCAACGCCAGCACCAUCCGCACAGUGAUGGUGGCCCACUGCCGUCGCCAUGACAGCCCGGACUUGCUGCUGGACUACGAGGCUCAGUCUCAGGCUCGGAGGCAGAAAGAGCAGCAGCAGCAGCACCAGCCGCUCCUCUUUGACCUUGGGACCUCCGGCAGUGAGGAAGAAGAGGAGGAAGGGGAGUGGGGUGAGGCUGCGAGGCUCCCCACCGGCCGCCAUCCUCAGCCCACCAUCUCCGGCCUGGAUCACGUUAUACAGAGUCGUAAAAAUGUAGGGCAAACGGAGAUGGCGAUUGAGACCCAUUUGGCUAAGAUGAUGGGCAAAGCGCACACGAAGGCCCCUGACCCCAGCCUCAUCGUGCCCUCUGAGCCCGGGGAGGGAGAGGACAAAACGUACUUACUCUUCACUACUGGCAGCCUUACGUACUCCCCCCACCAGAUAGGUAUUAAGCUGAUUAAGCCCGACCAGAUGACCACCAGCGGUCCUGUGCUCGGGGAAGAGAGGAGUUCAGAUGAGUUUUUUGAUUCCUUGGACCAUGUUAUUGAUAUCCACGGACACAUCAUUGGAAUGGGCCUUUCUCCAGACCACAGGUACCUUUAUGUGAAUAGCCGGGCUUGGCCGGCUGGGUGUGUGAUCUCCGACCCGAUGUCUCCUCCUCCCAUCGCCGAGGAGAUCGACCUUCAUGUCAUUGAUCUGAAGAGUUUGAGGGAGGAGAGGAGGAGCCUGCGUGCUCACCGAGCCUUCACGCCUAACGAUGAGUGCUUCUUCAUCUUCCUCGACGUCAGCAGAGACUUUGUUGCCAGCGGAGCAGAGGACAAGCACGGCUACAUCUGGGACCGCCACUACAACAUCUGUCUGGCCCGGCUGGCACACGACGACGUGGUGAACUCGGUGGCGUUCAGCCCCGCCGACCAGGAGCUGCUGCUGUCUGCCAGCGAUGACUCUACCAUUAAGGUGUGGCGCUCACCUCGCAUGGUCCGCCUGGCGCAGACCCCCUCGCGACCGCGGCGACCCCGCGGCAUCCUGUCGUCCUGGCUGAGCCGCAACAAAAACUCAACGUCUGCCAGCAGCUGCGUGAACGGAAAACCGUGAGUCAGGUUGGAAAACACUUGAAGCGGCAGAGAGCGAGGGGAGGAAAGUUUGAUCCUCUGCGGUGUGAAUAUAUUUAUAUACACUCCAUGUAUAUGUACAGUGUGGUUACAGUAGGUGGUUUUGCUUGAGCUCAAGGUGUUGAGCCACACAUCAGUGCUCAGGUAACCGGAGACGGGAUGUGAUGCGACUCAGGGUUCAGCCACAAGAGAGCGCUGCUGCACCAGAAAAGGACAGAAACAGACUGCUGACAGGAGCGAUGUUCCCAUGGGUAGAGAGAGAGUAGAGCUGACUGACACCUGAAUGCACCAGACAGACGUCCAAACAACAGACAGUGUUUUUUCUGUUUAUAUCUUUAAUGUUGAGCAGGUCAGGACUCCUGGACCUGAGGUGUAAGUAUGUGUGAAUGUUCUGCAUAGACUUUGUCAAUUUAAAACAUUUUCUAACAAAUCUUAGUUGAUAAAAAAAAAGCCCAAUCUUCAUAUUUACUCUUAUUAUCAGCAAUCUGAGGCUUCUGUUUCAAGGAAUGAGCUGCCAACAAAAUACAUGAAACCCUAAAGACAGAUGGGAUGUAGGCUGUGUUUUUUCUGAAAGCGUUUUAAGUAUCAUGCAUUAUUCACCUACAUUUGAUUUGUUUUGCUACCUUAUAACUUCACUUUUGAGACAAUAUUAGCCUCUAUAAGUGGCCCAGCUCUCCGUAUAUUUUUCUGUAUGUGGCCCUCGGUGAAAAUUGUUUGGACACCCCUGUAGUAGAGCAAACCCCCUUUCAAGACUUCUGAGACAUUUACAAGAAGACUCUCCUGGCUGUUUUUUAUUUAAAAAUAUAUCCGCUUUCCUUUACAUCUUCCCCUCUUGAAGUCUAAAAAUGAAUAUGAUAUUGAAUGAAAACGUUCAGUAAAUUGGCAUCUCAUUAAAGUUGUAUCUCUGUUCAAAAACGUCUAAAUGUAGACAUGUUUAGUAAGAAAUGCCACAUAAAUCUUUCAUUUAAAAACAAUAUGUGUGGUACACCUUAAAUGAAGCACAUAGCCAUCAUUCGAUUAAUUUGAAAGGGAUAUCUUUAAGUAGGACAGGAAAAAGUGGAAAAAACCUUCUGCUGCCUCAAAACCAAAAACAAAACAUAAGCGAUCAACGUUGAUGCUUUCAGUUGCGGUUUAACCAUCACAAGGUUCAGGUACUUUACUCGGUAGAUGUAUUUCUGUUGAGAGUCCCUUGUGAAUAAAGUGGUGACUGAUUGAUCAUUUAACUACGAAUGUGGGUGCAUUUGCACGUCAUAUGUUCAGAGUAACCUGUGGGAAUUUCUUUAUCAUCUGAAUCUUCCAACUGAAAAAUAUUUCCCUUUUGAAAUGUGUUAUAAGUCAUGAACUGGUUCCUUUUUACAACUUUCUUAUCUGUAAUUUCUUUUAUUGUAGCUCCAUCAAGUCAAUACGUUUCCUGUCCUCUGAUUUCCUUUUCUAACUCCCCUGAAAUAAAAAGCAUGCCAUGAAUGGCCAGACGUCUGCAAAAGUGUACGAUUAUUAUUAUUUUCAAUUAAAUAUUUUGGUUGUUGUAUCAAAGGGUCAAUGCAGGAUACCCUGCAACCUACAUGGUAACCAUUGAACACAUUUCCUUGUACUGCUACUGUUAUGGUGAAUAAAAAUGAUCUGAUUUAAAUUAUUUCCUCCAUUGCAUGUGGAGAGAUAUUUAACCCUGGUCCACAGCCAUGCUAACAUGCUAAUCUAACUGCUCGCUGUAAACAAGGUCGUCUCAAAUGUGACACCUCAUCUCCCCUAUGCAUGGUUUACCCACAGGCCCCAGUUUAACCGAGCCGUGUUAAUGUUCCAUUUGUGGUGCAACACGAGGUCAUGGAAACACCCGCAUUUAUUUAGCAACAACACCUUUCUUUUCAACAGUUUGACUUUUGUCGUCAUACGGUUUGGUUUAACUUUCAAGAAAUAUGUUGGGGACUUUUACAGUCUCACCUUUUGUAUAACCUCACCUACUGCUAUGUGAUGCAUAUUCAGAGUUGUGAAUAAAAUCUUGCAGGCAAAUACA